AUGAUGGAGUACAUCACAACAUAAGAAUAAGAAAUUAAGUAUUCUCUUCAUAAUCAUAAUAACUUCUUCAAAGUCAGCUACUGAUAAAAAAAAGAAAUAAAUACUUUAUACUAUACAUUCAUUUUCCUUAAACAGAAACAUAAUGUAUUCAAGCUCAUAUUCUUCAUCUAAAUCUUCAUACAUAUCCCAAAACACUAAGAAUCAAUACCCUUUUCAAUCAAAGAAUUAUUCUUGGCUUCACUCAGUAAGAAAAUCACCAGCAAAGUCAUGGAAUAAGAAAGCACCAAUAGCACCAAUGGCACCAACACCUCCUAAAGUAUACAAAGUGGAUUGUAGAAACUUCAAAGAACUUGUUCAGUCACUUACUUGUGCACCUGAGUUCUUGCCUCCACAGUCACAUCAACAACUACUUCAAACCACAGACCACAACCAUAACACUGUUCCGCCUCUCCCGGUGAAAAAUUUAUCAAACACUGUGGAAGUGUCGACCCCUCAACCUCCGCUAGUCCCGGUGAAAACUACUAAUAGCUGGUAUCAGUACUUCCAAAAUGAAUAUUUUGGAAAGAAUUCUCAUGAGGAUCAUGCGGAAGUAAUGACUCCAGGUUUGUUGGAAAUGAAUUUGUUUUCACCAACUUCUUUCGGUAACUGGUGUUAUGUUCCUCCCAUAAUGACCCCAAGAGCUUGAUACAAUGAUAUAUAUGUUUGGAAGCAUUCUUUAUAGCUAAGACUUCUAGAAUUUUCAGCUCAAUAUUCCAUUUGAUUAAUCAUGCAUCGUUUGGAAUUUUCAGCUGCUGUGUGUAAACAAUUCUUUAUAUAUAUGCUGUAUUUAUGUAAUUUUGUUACCAUCACAUUCAAAUUCAAUUUUACUAUUAUUUUGGGUUCAUCAAGUGCCAAAAGUAUUGUAAAUUCAUUAAGUGAUAUUGCAGAAUGCUAUUAGCGGCAUAACUUUGUUCAUUUGUUUUUCAUUUAUGCGUAAUUAUUCUAU